GUUGUUGGUCUUCUCUUGCCCAACCAGACGCUGGCAUCCACUGUGUUUUGGCAGUGGUUGAAUCAGAGCCACAAUGCGUGCGUCAACUAUGCAAACCGCAACGCGACAAAGCCUUCUCCGACAUCCAAGUUCAUCCAGGGCUACUUGGGAGCUGUCAUAAGUGCUGUCUCAAUAGCAGUGGGCCUUAAUGUUCUGGUUCAGAGAGCAAACAAGUUUACCCCUGCCACUCGUCUCUUGAUCCAGAGGUUUGUGCCAUUCCCUGCAGUCGCUAGUGCCAAUAUCUGCAAUGUUGUCCUGAUGAGGCACACAGAGCUGGAAGAAGGAAUUGAUGUUUUGGACAAUAACGGAAACAUUGUCGGGUCUUCCAGAAUUGCUGCAAAACACGCACUGCUAGAAACGGCCCUGACUAGAGUGGUCCUGCCAAUGCCUAUACUGGUUCUACCUCCAGUUAUUAUGUCCAUACUGGAAAA